UAUGUUCGAUAUGGUGGAGCCACUAAGAGCAACUAGGGACGGAUAUUUAAUGUCCUUAAACCUAGGGACGCCGCCUCAAGUCAUACAAGUCUAUAUGGACACAGGAAGUGACCUUACUUGGGUUCCUUGUGGAAAUGUAUCCUUUGAUUGUAUAGAAUGUGAUCAAUAUUAUAGGAUAAAUAGGCUAACAAGUGCAUUUUCUCCCUUAAAUUCAUCUUCCUCUCUUAGGGUUUCUUGUUCUAGUCCUUUUUGUACUCAAAUCCAUAAUUCUGAUAACUCUUAUGAUCCAUGUGUUAUGGCAGGAUGCUCAUUGAAUACCCUUCUAAAGGGCACAUGUUCUAGGCCAUGCCCUUCAUUUGCCUACACCUAUGGGGGUGGCGGUGUAGUGUCCGGGACAUUAGCCAAGGACUUACUAAGAGUUCAUGGUACCGGCCUUAGUAGUAGUACCACAAAAGAGACUCAACGAUUUCGUUUUGGAUGUAUAAGGCAAGCUUAUAAGGAACCUUUAGGAAUAGCCGGGUUUGGAAGAGGCUCACUCUCAUUACUAUCACAAUUAGGGUACCUUAACAAAGGUUUCUCCCAUUGUUUUGUGUCCUUCAAAUUUGCUAGUAACCCUAAUAUUUCGAGCCCUCUAAUCAUUGGCGAUGAGGCUAUUUCUUCCAAGGAGUCAUCCAAAUUUACUCCAUUGUUGACUAACCCUACAUACCCUAAUUACUACUACAUUGGCCUAGAAGCCAUUACAAUAAGCAAUAUGAGCAUGAAAGAAGUCCCAAUGAAGUUAAGAGAAUUCGAUGGUAAGGGCAACGGAGGGAUGAUGAUUGACUCCGGAACCACAUAUACACAUUUGCCCGAACCCUUGUACUCACAACUCCUCCUAGACCUCCAAUUAGCCAUCCAACAUCCUCGAGCCAUCGAGCAAGAGAAACAAACCGGAUUUGACCUUUGUUAUUACAUCCCAUGCCCUAACAACAAUGGAAGUAGUAAUUGCAUUGGGAAUGAUGAUGAUCUUCCUUCGAUUACAUUCCAUUUCUUAGAUAAUGUGAGCUUGUUUUUGCCAAGGGCUAAUAACUUCUACGCCAUUCGCCCUCCAAGCAACUCUAGUGUGGUGAAAUGCUUGUUAUACCAAGGUAUGAACGACGAAAAUGAUGGUAAUGAUAGUGGUGGUCCGGCUGCUAUUUUUGGAAACUUUCAACAACAAAAUGUUGAGGUUGUUUAUGACUUGAUGAAUGAGAGAAUUGGGUUUAAUCCUAUGGAUUGUGCUGCUGCCUGUUCAUCAUCUCAAGUACUUAGGUCAUAGGGUCUUUCAAGCAUAAAAAUGUACUUCGGUAUACUUACAACACCAAAAAUAAUACAAUAAUGCACCCUUAUUCUCAAUUUCAUUUUUCCCAUUUGACCAAAAAGUUUUCAUAGAAAACAAUAAAAGUUGACCGAGGGA